AUGCCGGCUAUCAUGGGGGUUGUGAAGCUGUUCGCUGAGCGUCUGCCCGACCCGCGGUUCUUGGGCGGUGUCUGGGCCUGUGAUGUGCAGCGCGGUCUUUGUUGGACUGUCGCGGCCGAGGCACCGUUGGCCGCCAAGAUGGAACCGCGACGCGCACCUUCGUGGAGCUGGCUUGCCGUCGAUGGUUUUACGCUAUUUCCGGAUGAGUUGGUACAUGAGGAUUCGCGUAUAGCGACGGUGGAAGGGAUUGAAGCAAAACCGGAGAGCGAUUUCAGCAUCUCGGGAGUGUUGCGUCUGCGCAGAAGGGUGGUUUUGUUGGGGUCCGGUGAGGAGCUGCAGAGAUGGGCGGAUCACAACUGCCACAAGGUGUUUUGGGACGCUGGUGCCGAGUAUGGUGACAUUGCAGUUGCGUUUCUGGCCAAGCUUUGGCGCAAGGUGGACGAUGAAAUGGCAAUGAUGCCAAACUGGAGCGUCUUCUUUUUGGUUCUUCGCCGGGUCACUGGUGACGCAUCUGGGUGGGAGCGGGUUGGGAUCACAAAGAACCCCAAUCCUUGGAGAGGCAAUAUUGCCGAUGGGAAAAUCGAGUCUUUAAUGGUGUUGUAG